AUGCGUUUUGCCUUCGUUUUCGUUUUUGCGCUUAUCAGCGGCCCAAUCUUUGUUAGAUGCGCCUCAACGGAUACUACUGGGGGCACAACCGGCUCAACGGGCUCUACCGGCAGCACAACGGGUACUACAGGCAGCACAACGGGUACUACAGGCAGCACAACGGGAACUACAGGCAGCACAACGGGUACUACCGGCAGCUCUACGGGCACUACCGGUAGCUCAACAGGCAGCUCAACGGGUACUACCGGUAGCUCAACAGGCAGCUCAACGGGUACUACUGGAAGCUCAACGGGCACUACCGGUAGCUCAACAUCGACCCCAGCAGGCAGCUCAACAUCCACAUCGUCAAGCACCCCAGCAGCUAGUUCUUCCACCAGUACUUCCUCCAGUCCUUCUACCACCCCAUCCACAAAUACUUCUUCUUCCGAUACCAGUUCCAGUACCACAAACGAUUCAGCGGAAGUCGAAAGACUUCGCCUAUUGGAAAUACUUAAUCGUCUGAAAGCUCAGCGUCGCCGCAUGAGAAACGAGCUCCGCAAAUCAAGAGCUCGUGCAGCCGCGAUCCGAAGAAGACGCAAUGCUGCGGCUAAUAGGCGCCAACGCCAACGCAGAGGUAGGAUCAAUCGCCGUGGAUAA